AUGGCGACAAAAACUGCUGUUUCACUCACCACACCGACGGGAAUUGCUUACCAGCAGCCCACCGGACUAUUCAUUAAUAAUGAGUUCGUGGGUGGAUCGGAUGAAGGUACCAUUGACGUGGUCAAUCCAGCAACCGAAAAGAAAAUCUGCGCUGUCAGUGAAGCACGCGAAAAUGAUAUCGAUAAGGCCGUGGCAGUUGCUCGAAAGGCCUUAAAUGGUCCGUGGAGGUUGACCACUCCAGCUGAACGUUCGCAAUACAUCUACAAACUGGCCAUGCUGAUGGAGGAGUCUGCGGAGAAGCUGGCGGCGGUAGAAUCAAUGGACAAUGGAAAACCGAUUAACAGUGCCAGGGGCGACAUUGGUGGAGCUAUUGGUUGUCUUCGGUACUAUGCUGGAUGGGCGGAUAAGAUCGAAGGUCGUGUUAUCGACACGGAUCCCAGCAAGUUGAAUUACACUCGACGUGAACCGAUUGGCGUUUGUGGUCAAAUCAUUCCGUGGAACUUUCCAUUGAUGAUGUGGGCAUGGAAAGUCGGACCGGCUAUUGCCUGCGGAAAUACAGUCGUCUUGAAAACUGCAGAGAUCACACCGCUAUCUGCACUGGUCGCUGCUGAGCUUAUUGUCCAAGCAGGCUUCCCACCAGGCGUCAUCAAUAUUGUCACUGGCUAUGGCAACAUCGCGGGAUCUGCUAUAUCUUGUCACAUGGGCGUGGACAAGGUUGCGUUUACAGGAUCCACAGCUGUGGGCCGUCAGAUUUUGAAGGAUGCCGCAUCUUCCAACCUGAAGAAGGUCACCCUCGAGCUGGGAGGUAAAUCACCGAAUAUUGUCUUCAAUGACGCAGAUCUCGACCGAGCAGCUUCUUGGGUUGACAACGGUAUCUUCUCGAACAUGGGACAGAACUGUUGCGCAGGCAGUCGUAUCUAUGUGCAAUCUGGUAUCUACGAUGCCUUUGUCCAGAAGUUGAAAGAGAAAAUUCAGCAACGAGCCAUCGGGCCCCCUGAAGACGAAAAGACUGCUCAUGGUGCGCAGGUUUCCAAAGCCCAGUUGGAUCGAAUUCUGGGAUACGUCGACUCUGGCAAAAAGGCCGGAGCCAAGAUUGAGAUCGGAGGUAAUCGAGUCAAUCGCCCGGGUUACUUCAUGGAGCCGACCAUAUUUUCCGAAAUCUCCGGUGACAUGGAUAUCGUGAACGAAGAGAUCUUUGGCCCUGUAGGGGUUAUUGGAAAGUUUGAGACGAUUGAGGAGAUCAUUGAGACAGCCAAUGACACGGCCUACGGAUUGGCCUCGGGGAUUCACACCGAAAACCUCAAAACCGCCAUCGAAGUGUCCAACAACAUCAAGGCGGGCACAGUGUGGGUCAAUCAGUACAACGGAGUGCACUGGCAAUUGCCCUUCGGUGGCUACAAGCAGUCCGGAAUUGGAAGAGAGCUGGGCGAAGAGGCGCUGUUCAACUACACCCAGACCAAGACAGUCUCGGUGAAUCUACAGUGA